GAUUCUUCGCCUGUGUCUUGAUACUGCGGCCUCAUUGUGGUCGCGCUCUCUUGUUCUAGCGUGACGAAUACGGUACCCUAAUAAUAUCAUAACGCAAGACGUCAUUCGCCCAACUGAGACGCGUUAUCUCCUUCACCAGCUUUCCUCCCAUCCAUCAACCUCCUUCUGCCUUCCCUCUUCCUUCCCUCCCUCCCUCACUUCCUCUCUCCCUUCCUCUCUCCCUUCCUCCCUCUCCACCCUUAACUCUUACACCAUCCCAACAAAACACCACCACAAAAAUCAAGUCAGCCAAACAAUGGUCUACCGAGUCGAAGUCUCCAACGGCCGCGCGAGCUGUAAGGCUACUACCUGCGGUAAAACUAAAAUUGGCAAAGGCGAACUCCGCCUGGGCACUUGGGUCAAAGGGCCCAGUUUCGAGUCCUGGUCCUGGCGUCACUGGGGCUGUUUCACUCCUCAGCAAAUUGUUAAUCUGCGUAAGGGAUUGUUGCCGGAGGGCGAAGAGGACGAGGAGGGGAAGGAAGUGGACAUGAGUCUUUUCGACGGAUGGGGGGAAUUGCCGGAUGAGCAGAAGGACAAGGUUAGGGUUGCGUUGGAAGUAGGACAUGUUGAUGAUCAGGACUGGAAGGGUGAUGUUGGCUUAAACCGCAAGGAUGCAAAGAAGACUACUGUAAAGGCCAAAGGGAAGAGUGCACCCGCGGCAAAGAAGGGGAAGAAGGGGGGUAUUGACGAUGAAGAAGAGGAAGCGGUAGAAACCGAUGAAGGACCCACCCCCAAAAAGUCUACUAAAAAAUCCGCUGCCACUUCUACUACCACCGCAUCCAAAAAGCGUACUCUCGCUAAAAAAUCGACCACAACUCCGACCCUCUCCCCCUCCGCAUCCCCCGAACCGGUCAAAUCCAGAAAUUCCGCCACUUCCAAAAAGCCCGCCAAAUCUGCUGCUGCCACAGAGCCCACCCGUCCCCGUUCCUCCCGUGCGACCGCCGCGACUCCAAAGAAGUACAUCGAAGUCAACGAAUCUGCCGACGAUGAUUCUCCCCCUGCCGCUCGCAAGUCCCGUACUACCGCUCCUCCCGCCAGGAGCAUGAAGUCAACAAGGGAUGGGAGGAAGAAGGCUGGCAAGGGGAGAGGCAAGAAGGCUGGUGGUGAUAGCGACACCGAAGCCGAAGAUGCAGAGAUGGUGUUGCAUGCUGAUGAUGACAUCGAAGAGGAUGCUGCCGACUUGCCCCCGCUAAAAGCGCAAUCGAAAGGUAGAGGCGGCGGGAGAAAACGUAAGGCUACGGCAGUCGUUGGUGAUGUUCAGGAUGAAGUUGGUGAGGAGGAAGAGUACGCCCCCUUGAAUAUCACACCUAGAAUUGAGAUUGAAGCUAAUUUGAAUACUGGGAAUAGGCAACCCAAGAAGAAGCGCACCAAAGCAAAAUCGGCCCCCACUAAAAAGGAACAGUCAACUAAAACCAAGAGGGCCACUACCACUACUCCGGCCUCCGACAAGAAGACCAAGACUAAGGCUAAAGACUCUGCAAAGGAAGCCCCCGAAGUGAAAGAUAAGGGCGAAGUUAGAAAAAGUAUUUUCGGUGGGGAGUAGGUGAAAUCUAUUACUCCUCGCUUAGGAGGGGAGGUUUCGAUGGGCUGGUGCGGGUGCGGGGUGUAAUAUUGAAUCGCUAGGAUUGAUAACGGGAUACCUUCCUUUAUUUCUUCCCUUCUUUCCUGAGUUAUGCUUGUUUAUCUCAGCCUGUUCGCUUUCACUUUUCUUUAUUUUCUUGCUUACCAUCCUCAUGUUGCUGGAUUUUCCUUUCUGUUUUUAAAAAGUUACUACGGUACAGCUUGCACUUGUGAGCACAAGUACACGUACGUAUGGUAUGCCAUAGCUAGUUUGCGCUUUAUGUAAAGGUUGCCCCCAUUA